AUGGCCCAGGCAGAAGGAGCUGAGGAGGCCUUUGAGCACCGUGACGUGGUCAUCAACAGCCAGGACAAGGUUUCGGAUGUGUACACACAGCUGGAGAAGCUGGGGGAGGGGAAAUUCGGGACUGUGUACAGGCUGCAGGAAAAGGCCACGGGCAGAAUCCGGGCUGGGAAAUAUUUCCGGACCCGCACAGCGAAGGAGAAGCAGGCGGCGCGGGCCGAGGUGGAGCUGAUGAACCUCCUGCACCACCCACGCCUGGUGCAGUGCCUCGACGCCUUCCAGGGCCCCGCCGAGCUGGUGAUGGUGAUGGAGUACGUGGCAGGUGGGGAGCUCUUUGAGCGCAUCGUGGACGAUGACUUCGAGCACACGGAGCCCAGCAGCACCCAGUACGUGCGGCAGAUCCUGGAGGGGCUGCACUUCAUGCACGGCCAGGCCAUCGUGCACCUCGACCUCAAGCCCGAGAACAUCGUCUGCGUCAGCCCCGGCAGCCACUGGAUCAAGAUCAUCGACUUCGGCUUGGCACGGAAGCUGGCUCCAGGCACCCCUGUGAAGGUGUUGCAUGGCACCCCUGAAUUCAUGGCUCCAGAAGUGGUCGCCUUUGAGCCUGUGAGCUUCUCCACAGACAUGUGGAGUGUUGGUGUCAUCUGCUACAUCCUGCUGAGUGGGGAGUCGCCCUUCCAGGGGGACACCGACAUGGAGACCCUGAGCAACGUCACAGCUGCCCAGUGGGACUUUGAGGAGGAGACCUUCUCGGAGAUCUCCCAGCAAGCCAAGGACUUCAUCAGCCAACUGCUGCAGAAGGACCCCUGCCGGCGGCUCCGCAGUGCAGGGGCUCUGCUGCACCCCUGGCUGCAGCAGCCCCAGCCCAGCAGCCCCAGGGUGCUGUCCAAGGAGAGGAUCAGGCGGUUCCUGGCACGGCGCAAGUGGCAGAAAACAGGGAAGGCCCUGCUGGCUCUCAAGAGGCUGGCACUGCUGUCCCAGAGCUCAGAGGGGAAGGCACCAGAGGCUCAGGAUGAGGAAGGCCUGGGCUGCAGCCUGGAGAAGGAACAGCCCUCCAGAGCUCUGCCCCAACGAGGUGCCAACCCCUCAGAGCUGCUGACAGACCAGGAGGAGGAGGAGGAUGGUGGUGGGAGCUUGGCAGCCUCAGGGCAGUGACAGUGUGGCCCCGUCACCCCCAUCCUGGACCACCUGGAGAUGGGGAUGGUGCCCCUCCAGCAGCUCCCACCGUGACCUGGCCAGCCUGGGGCAGACCCAGACCCUGAUGUGGGUGAGCUCUGGGGUCCCUGUGCUGCUGUCCCUGCCAGGCACCUGCCCCCAAUAAAGCACUGAACAACUCUGCA